GCCUGGACGCAGGAGCGUAAACACACGGAAACAACAAGAGGACGAGUUUCGACGUUACGGUAUGACGGAGCGAUAAAUGUAGUGUUUAUACAGGGGUCCUGCCGUGUAUCAGAAUGGUGUGUGUGUGGUGUGUGGAGGGUCGCCUGAGGACAUUGACCUUUGCCCUCUGCUCCAUGCUGACCUUUUCCCCUGGACAUGCCUACAUCUACGUGCACCUGAAUAACAUGAGCUCCAUGCUGUUAGAGGACUGGCCGGCUCUGUUCGGGUCUCCUCUGCCCCGGGACGGCCUGAUGGGUUAUCUGGUCGAGUCUCGUCCUCUGAAUGCCUGCUCUCCGAUAGAUCCGCCUCCCGUCCCUCCCACUUCUUCAGAUCCCAACAGCACCAUGGGCUUCGUGGUUCUGAUCCGCCGCUACGACUGCAACUUCGACAUCAAGGUGCUGCAUGCUCAGCAGGCCGGGUACAGCGCCGCCAUCGUCCACAACGUUUACUCAGACGUCCUACUGAGCAUGAACUACAGCAACGAAACGAUAGCUGAAGAGAUCGAGAUCCCGUCGGUGUUCACCAGCUACUCCGCCUCCAAAAUCCUGCACAGUUUCAUCAAACAGGACCGGGGAGCCUACGUGAUCCUGAAGCCUGACUUCUCCUUCCCCAUCACCUUCUACCUCAUCCCCUUCACCGGCAUCGUGGGCCUGAUCAUCAUCGUCAUGGUCAUUAUACUGGUGGUGCGGUGUGUACAGUACAGGAAGAGACUGAGGAAGAACAGACUGUCAAAAGAGCAGCUGAAGAAAAUCCCCAUUCACAAAUUCACUAAAGGUGAUGAGUAUGAUGUGUGUGCGAUCUGUCUGGAUGAGUAUGAAGAAGGGGAUAAGCUGCGGGUGCUGCCAUGUUCACACGCCUAUCACAGCCGGUGUGUGGACCCGUGGCUCACGCAGACCAAGAAGACGUGUCCCGUGUGUAAGCAGCGAGUCACGCGCUCCAACCCCGACUACUCUGACUCGUCUGACUCCGAGGAGGAGGCGGGGCCUCACGCGGGCGAUGACGGAGAGGGCCGGGCUUCCGGGGAGGGGCAUUCUGAGCGCACACCUUUGCUCCAUCCGUCUCCUCCGACCUCGGGCACCUACGAGGCCACGGUUGCCACGGUAACCACCUCAGCACAGUGCCUGCCUCAGCGUGACUCUCCGUUGCUAGGAUACGAGGGUUACUACUCCCCCAUGGAGGGCUCAGAGGAGGACACGGAGGAAACGGACGAGGGCGAAGACGAUGACGACGAUACGGCGCAGCUGAUCGGCCGCGGCGCCGUCAGGGUGUGAGAGCAAAGCAUCAUGGGAAGGAGAAUUAAAA